AAUUUUCAAAAUUUCUUGACACAACCUGCAAGUGCGACAACUUGCCAAAGGUAAUUUCAGUCAGAUGCCGUUUUGUCAUUCCUGCUUGCACGUCUAAAGUUUACGUUUUGGAAUAUAACUCGGAAUUGGGUAACGAAAUUCUUCAAAUUUCGGGACAAUGGACAAAACGGUCAGCCAAACAAAAUGUGUCGGUUAUUGUUCUCCAUUGGUGAUCUAGUUUUUGUAUUGCAUUUUAGAAGGUUUUUUUUUGAAAUCCUAACUUUUCAAUGCAAUACUAAACGUCGACAGUUUGGUACUAUGCCAGUUACCUUCUUAUCAGUACACUUUCACUAUCUUGAAAGCGUUAAGGGUACUUCACUAACGGCCACUCGCGAGAUCUAAUCAAUAAGGCUUCGCCUCGCAGAUAACACAGCUGAUCCACCUGGACGAGCGUGUGUUGCGUUGGGGGUAGACACGUCAGCUGCCCCCUCGGCUCAAUUUUAGCAUUUUAGUAUCAAAUUUGAUAUCGCCCAGUCCGGUGUACCUACCGACUAAACUUGAGCGCGCCACGCAUACGCUAAUUGUCGGGUAAACUCCGAAAAGACAAUUGUUUUUUAUAGCGGUGUGAAAAUUCCCACCUUGGCCGUGCGGUUAACACUUGCCGCGUUUAAUAUUAAUUUCUUUAUUUAGUGCCUGCCGAUCGUUUAAUUCGUUUGGACAGCUGGUUUUUUUUUGUGCGCGUAAGAUUUCGCGUUGAGCAAUGAGUUCUGGUGACAAUCCUUUCACCGAAGCGCUCCAUUCGGAGGCGCUAGGUGAAAUGCUCAAGGAUGAGACCAAGCGAGGUUUGGCCAAGCAGUUAACGGAAAAUUUGAAAAAGCUGUCGGAGAUGUUUGUAAAGCUAUCCGAUGGGGAAAAGUCGCAAUUCGCCAAAGAGUUCAAAGGGCAGUUUUUGAAUCAGUUGAAAAACUUGAACGAAAUGGCUCAACAGCAGAAAGUCAGCCAAGAAAAUGGUGAAGCCCAGAAGAGCAUUCCUGAAUUUGGAGCAGCUGAUGCGUUUCAGGAAGAAGUCGACUCGUUUCUUGUGAUAGGAUUUGGGAUGUUGAUUAUGCUGUUUGUUGUAUUCUUCGGCUACAAGUUGUACCUUUCGCUGACUGAGAAGGAACGUAAGCGGGAGGAAAAGCUGAAGGCCAAGCAGAUUAAGAAGAAGAAAUGAGGGGUGGCCUCGGCCCAGCGUGGUCCCCACGUUGGAGGCAAAACUGCGACCCGCCACCACCAGCACAAAAACAUUCCACAAUUGAAAGACUCGUAGCUGAAAUGGGUUGUCCCAUCCUUUAAAAAAUACGCGCAAUCAUAUGAGACUCUAUACUUUAAUGCUAAAUGAAUACUUUACACAAAAGUAGCCACAUUCCAUUUUAUUUUUGGCAUCUUUUAAGUAACUGUUAGACAAGUUUCCGAAUAGCCUAAAGAAACGAUGCAUUGUUUGUCUGUUCCAAGACGUUCAGUUUCUAGAGAAUCUAAAAAUAAUUCAAAUUGGCCUGUUACGUUUAAAAAUUCUAAAAUUCAAUUUCGAUCGAGACAUGUGGCUCUUUACAUUCCGUUAAAGCCGGGAUAGGAUUCUGGCAAAACGACAUAUAUCAAUAAUAAAUCUUAACGUUAGAAGGUA